AAAAACUGGAAAAAAAGGGGUAUGUGGAUGUCCCAUUGUAUAAAUUCUCAGGUGGGAGAGAGAGAAGAAGAAGAAUCUAUUGUUUCUCCCGUUUCUACAUAUCAAAAAUCUAAACUCUCUCUUUCAGUCUCUCUCUCUCUCUCUCCCUUGUUACUUUUUGGAGAAUUUUAUUUUGAUUGUUGGAUGAAAGAGGAAUCAAAAUAGUCCUCCUGCUAUUUUCAGUAGACCAAAAGUUCUUAUCCUUCUUCCACCAUGGUCUCAAGGUCCUAUUCUAAUCUCUUGGAUCUCGUGUCUGGGGAUUCCCCCACAUUUGGCCGAGGAGGGAAGAAGAUAUCUCGAGUGGCAACUGUUGCUGGAGUAUUGUCUGAGCUUGAUGAUGAGACCUCCAAUAGUGUGACCUCUGAUGCUCCUUCAUCUGUAUCUCAGGAUCGGAUGAUAAUUGUGGGAAACCAGCUUCCACUCAGGGCUCAUCGCAGCUCAGAUGGCAGUGGAGAGUGGUGUUUCAGCUGGGAUGAGGACUCCCUUCUCUUACAGCUCAAAGAUGGGCUUGGAGAAGACGUAGAAGUACUCUAUGUUGGUUGUCUUAGAGAACAAAUUGACCCAAGUGAACAAGAUGAUGUUGCUCAAACCUUGCUUGAAACCUUCAAAUGUGUCCCUGCCUUCAUCCCUCCUGAGUUAUUUAGUAAAUUCUAUCAUGGGUUCUGUAAACAGCAAUUGUGGCCUUUGUUUCAUUACAUGCUUCCUCUCUCCCCAGACCUUGGUGGUAGGUUUGAUAGGUUCUGGCAAGCUUAUGUCUCGGUGAACAAAAUAUUUGCAGAUAAAGUAAUGGAAGUGAUUACCCCUGAUGAAGAUUUUGUGUGGGUUCAUGAUUACCAUUUGAUGGUUUUGCCAACAUUUUUGAGGAAGAGGUUUAAUAGGGUGAAGCUUGGGUUCUUCCUGCACAGUCCGUUCCCAUCAUCAGAGAUAUACCGGACACUUCCUGUAAGAGAUGAGCUUCUAAGAGCACUUCUGAAUUCUGACCUAAUUGGCUUUCAUACUUUUGAUUAUGCCAGGCACUUCCUCUCUUGUUGUAGUAGAAUGCUUGGCCUUGCUUAUCAAUCUAAGCGAGGCUACAUAGGGCUUGAGUAUUAUGGUCGAACCGUUAGCAUUAAGAUUCUUCCUGUUGGAAUUCAUAUGGGACAACUUCGGUCUGUGCUGAAUCUUCCAGAGACUGACUCUCGAGUUGCAGAGUUACGGGACCAGUUUAGGGGUCAGACUGUUUUGCUUGGGGUUGAUGACAUGGACAUCUUCAAAGGGAUCAGUUUGAAGCUUUUGGCAAUGGAACAAUUGCUUACACAACAUCCUGACAAGAGGGGCAAGGUUGUGUUGGUUCAAAUUGCAAACCCUGCCAGAGGCCGAGGAAAGGAUGUACAGGAGGUUCAAUCUGAAACCCAUGCGACAGUAAGGAGAAUUAAUGAGACAUUUGGACGUCCAGGAUAUCAUCCAGUGGUUUUAAUUGAUACACCCCUUCAGUUCUAUGAGCGGAUUGCUUAUUAUGUAACUGCAGAGUGCUGUCUCGUUACAGCAGUGAGGGAUGGAAUGAACCUUAUACCUUAUGAAUAUAUUAUAUGCCGUCAAGGAAAUGAAAAGCUUGAUGAGACCCUGGGACUAAAUCCAUCAACACCCAAAAAGAGCAUGCUGGUGGUUUCUGAGUUCAUUGGGUGUUCUCCAUCACUAAGCGGGGCAAUUCGAGUCAACCCAUGGAACAUUGAUGCUGUAGCUGAAGCUAUGGAGUCUGCCUUAAUUGUCCCUGAGCCAGAGAAACAGAUGCGACAUGAGAAGCAUUAUAGGUAUGUGAGUACACAUGAUGUUGCUUAUUGGGCACAUAGUUUUUUGCAGGAUCUUGAAAGGGCCUGUAGGGAUCAUGUGAGGAGGAGGUGCUGGGGUAUUGGUUUUGGUUUAGGGUUCCGGGUAAUUGCUUUGGACCCGAAUUUCAGGAAGCUUUCAGUUGAGCAUAUUGUUUCAGCUUAUAAGAGGACCAAGAAUCGGGCAAUUCUUUUGGAUUGUGAUGGUACCAUGAUGCUGCAGAGUUCAAUCAGUACAAUUCCUAAUACAGAGGCUAUAGGGAUCUUGAAUAACUUGUGUGGUGAUCCCAAGAAUGUUGUCUUCGUUGUUAGUGGGAAGGACAAGAAGACUCUUACUGAAGGGUUUUCUUCUUGUGAGAAGCUUGGGAUUGCAGCUGAGCAUGGUUAUUUUUUGAGGCUAAGUCAUGAUGCGGAGUGGGAAACUUGCUUGCCUGUGACAGACUUUGAUUGGAAACAGAUUGCAGAGCCAGUUAUGAAAUUAUACACUGAAACAACUGAUGGUUCUACCAUAGAGACCAAAGAAAGUGCACUUGUUUGGAAUUAUCAAUACGCAGAUCCAGAUUUUGGCUCUUGCCAGGCUAAAGAGCUUCUAGAUCACCUGGAAAGUGUUCUUGCCAAUGAGCCAGUUUCUGUCAAGAGUGGUCAACAUAUUGUAGAAGUUAAACCUCAGGGUGUCAACAAGGGUCUUGUAGCGGAACGUCUCCUUGUAACAAUGCGGCAGAAGGGGAUGCUUCCAGAUUUUGUGCUAUGUAUUGGAGAUGAUCGAUCAGAUGAGGACAUGUUUGAAGUGAUAAUAAGGGCAAAGGGGCUUCCUUCUCUCUCCCCAGUUGCUGAAGUGUUUGCUUGCACUGUUGGUAGGAAACCCAGCAAAGCUAAGUACUACUUAGAAGACACAACUGAGAUAUUGAGAAUGUUACAGGGCCUUGUGACUGCAUCCGAGCAGGCUGCUAGAAAUGCUUCCCAUGUAGCUUCCACGCGGGCGAUUAUCGACAGAGAGUAAAUAGAAUACAAUACAUUGGGUUCUCCUGGGCAAAAAGGUUUUCUCAACCCAUUGGGGAUUUUUGGUUGGGUUGAUGCUUAGAGAGAGAAAGUUUCAGAUAACUGUUGUUGCAGCUAUGUGUAGUCUCUGUUUUCAAGUAGGUUAGCUGUACCAAAAAUUUGUUCAUGUCUUGCUAUUGCUUUGUCUAUAUGAUAAGCUUUAAGAUCCUUUCACCUUUUUUAUUGUGCCAUAGGCUGGCAAUUGACAGUUCAAUCUUAUUCAGGUCAAUGAAAGUACGAAACCCCAGGGCUUGUCAUUCA